AUGAAUCAGGCCAUAUUCCGGCCAUUUUAUCUUGGACUUUUGGCUUGGUUAUGUGUCUUCUUUGUGAAGGCUGAAGACCCAUACAGAUUUUUUAUAUUUGAAGUUACAUACGGACAAAUUUCUCCUCUUGGUGUUUCACAAAGGGGCAUACUUAUCAAUGGGAAGUUCCCAGGCCCAACCAUUGACUGUAUCACCAACGACAAUGUCAUUAACAAGCUGGAUGAGCCCUUUCUUAUCACCUGGAAUGGUAUCUAA